UAGGGGCUGGUGUCGCUGUAUCCAACCCUCCGACCACAGCGAGAGUUCCGGGUUCUCUUCAGACGAGAAGCUGCUCACGACUGCCGCUCUACCACGGCGGGACCAUGGCUCUUCUGCUGGAUAACCAGUUCAAAGACCUGCCUCCCGACAAGGCGAUAGACACAAAGUUGUUCCUGGAGUCCGUCUCUCACAUUCCUUCAUUUUUCGACUGCUUGGGAUCAAGCGUAUUUUCAGUCAUCAAAUCAGACAUUAAUGGCAAUAUAAUGAAAAUUAAAGGGGUGUAUCUGAAGGAUCCUGCAAAGUACGUCACCCUGCAGGACAUUGUGGAGGCUGAGCGAGAAGCCCAUGGAGCAGAAUGGCCUAAAGUUGGAGCAACAUUAGCUCUGAUGUGGCUGAAAAGGGGUCUCCGCUUCAUACAAAUCCUGCUGCAGAGUUUGGCCGAUGGAGAGAGUGAUGAGAACAACCCCAACCUAAUUCGGGUUAAUAUCACCAAAGCGUAUGAACAGGCCCUGAAGAAAUACCAUGGCUGGAUUGUUCAAAAGAUUUUCCAUGUAGCGUUACAUGCAGCUCCCUACAAAUCAAACUUCCUCAAGGCUCUGUCAAAAGGAGAGGAAGUGAAAGAGGAGGACUGUUUGGCAAAUGUGAGUCAGUUCCUUGUUAAUUACACUGCCACUGUAGACGCCAUCUACGAGAUGUACACAGAUCUGAACGCAGAGCUGGACUACACUGUUUGAUGUCCCAGGACGUCAGUCAAACCUCUCAGGUGUCGGAGAAGUUCAGUUUUUCAUAAGAUUGUUUUUAAUUUUUUUUUUUUUUCUUUCAGUGUGAUAUUUAUUACUUUGAUUAUGUCUUACUAAAUAUGACUGCUGUAUAUUUAGUCUUAAAAUAUAACAAUGCCUUAAAUUCAAACGAACAUAGCAGAAGAUUUUGUUUUGUUUGUAUAAAUAAUUUCAAAUAGUGGCAGGAUUGUUUUAGCAACGUGCAGCUCUCACUCUUAUGCAAAAUGAUGGUAUUGUGUGGUUUGUGGCUUUAUUUAUGACAUUAACAGGUGUCUUAUCACCUGUCCCAUCAAGUGAAGAAUACAAGAUUGUAAACAUUGUUAUUACAAGAAACCAUUUCGGUCCACAUUCUGAUGUUCUCUGCCUCCUAAUCCCUGGAGUUACCGCCACUGUUAGCCUGGAGCAGCGGGCCCAGGAGUAGAUUUAAAAAAAAGCAUUUCAAUUGUUCAUUAAUCCACUUGUGCCUUUGUGUUCUUGUUGAAUAAACAAUGUUUUAAUCAAUA